AUGUUAUUCGUAAAGCUGUUAGCUGUCGUCAAAUGGGUGAAAUCGUCAAAGAAGUUCGAAUCCUGCGCGGCAAUAUGCUACCUACUCGACCAGCAGUCACAGUACUUUGUAGAAACUGCGGAUCGGUUAGUGACGAUCUCACGCGAAGAGCUUGUUAUGGCACGUCUGCCCGCCUUCCAAGUGACCGCUGCUGUUGAUGUACUCACUCAGGGCACAUAUCAACAUUUACCCACCAUUAUCAAGGAUCGUUUUGUGCUGAAACCGAAAAUCUCUGCUAUUGAUGAAGCAAACGUGUUAUUACGGCUCAAUCAGGUUCUACAAUAUCGCAUAUCAAAGGCGGCCUCCACGUUAUCACCUCGAGCAAAGGGUAUUGUUAUCAAGAAUGGCAUGCUGAUCCUCACUGUUCCUGGAGAGUUUGAAGUGAAUCUAACGGUCCUGGGUGAACGAGAGCAAACUCCGUGGACACUGCUGAACAUCAAAAUGCUUGUGGAAGACUACGAAAUCGGUUACGGAGCGCAACUUGUGCAUCCGCUCCAACUGCAUAUGUUGCACAAUGUGUUACAGUCCAGGAUGGAUGUCGCGAAGAACCCGAUCAAUGAAGCGUACACCUUUUUGCAUACUUUCGCCCAAUCGUUACAACUGGAUGUAUUGUUUUGUCAAGCAUCUCAGCUGGCUGCUGGACGUCUGAGGAAUAAGAUUGUCAUAGAGAAGUACGAUCCGAAGGAACGCAUUCUGUCGAUCGGUUAUUGGGUUCAGCGAAUCGCUAAGAGAAUGAUAGGAAAUGUUCGGCUCGUUCCUCAGUACCGUGUGACCAUAUUUGGAGAUGCAGGCGAUGACACGUCGCUGAAAGUACGUCACUAUCCAAUCGCUCCGGAUCUUGGGCAGUUGGAUGAUCGUACAGGACGCUUGUCGAUUGAUCGCCUUUUGUCCGAGACGUUAGUGGUUCGAUGUAGAGAGCGGUUGCUUCGUAUUCGCAAGCGCCUCAAAGCAGCAAAGCCUCUUUCGAUUGUUUUGUACGCAGGAUCAGCAACGCCUUGUCUAUGGCUUCCACUUUUGCGAGACAGUGUAGAUACACGAGAGGAGUGUGUAGUCAUAUCGGUUAAUAUGUUUAGCGGACGUGUUCUUUGUAAUUUGGAUGCUAUAGAGUUUCUUCCGGGGUCAGCUAGUGAAUUGAAAGAAUUGGAAAUGGCAUUGUACGAUGGACAAUCUAUUGAUACUCUACGAAAGCGGAUCGAUCGUUUGAAAGUUUUACUAAUGAUUGAACGGUAUCGAAGAUCUGUGUCAACUCUUCAAGUGCGCAUUAUCAAUGAGAAUCAAAUGGCUCCAUUCUUCAAGAAGGUUGCAGUCAGCUCUCUCCCGACUGAUCGGAUCUGUCUGCAGUUCAUCAAAGAGGAGCAUUUCUUUUUGGUGAUCACAUUUGUUUCCAAUGAAAAUCUCACUGUCAAAAUGAAUCUCUAUUUGUUAUGCACCCUUGAUGACAAAGUUCAAAUGAUGGAGUUGAAUAAGGAGAAGCAGCUCAUUUCCGCUCCCAUCGAUGGAGUGGUGGACAUUGAAGCAAAAACAUUUGGACAGUCUGAGUAUGAUGACGUAUGGACUCUGAAAGAAAAGCAUAGCCGCGUAGAGCCGUCCAUGGUGAGGCAGUUAACUACGGCCGUUGCUGCGGUCGAUGACCGAAUUUCGUUCAUGCGCGUUUGUGAAGAACUGGACAAGAAACGAAUCGGUUAUCGUAGUGUUGAGGAAGAACCUCACGUCGGAGGCCUCAUUCUGCAUAUAACUGAUGUAUCCGCUGUCGUUGACGUACGCUGCGCAGCAUUUCUACGCAACAUGGCUCGAUGCUGUCUACGGUUGGACAGCAGAGCACGAGUUAUAUGGCCUCUUGAGUGUUGUAUGGUGAACAUCCCUCUUGUGCGUGAUCUCAGUCCAUACAAAAAAGGACGCAAGACGGGCGUUUGGGUUCACGAGCAGACUGGAAUAUCAGUGGGUGGCCCAGUGGAUACCAUAGCUACUUCUAUUAUCGAGCGCCUCACAAGAUAUUCUCACAUUUACGAUACUGUCAACAGAUUCGCUAAAGCGUAUGAUGCGCACUAUAAUAAGUUCUGCAACGUACAAGCUUAUACGUUCCAUAAGCUGGUGAUUGCGUAUGGCCGCGAACGUGACCAGCAGUUGAUUGUGUCAUUUAGACCACGCAAUGCUUCGAAUGAUCGCUUUAAUCUGAACUUUGGUCAGUUCCAUUUGAUGCCAAUAAACGAGGUCACAUUGCGGUUGACAUAUGGACAUAUACAUCUUGAGUUCAUUAUGCUGUCCGGAGAUACUGUAGCUAUCCGUGAUAGUUCGAGAAACAAUCCGCGUUGUGCUGGUCUUCACCAGUUCUUCCAUCUUUUAUCAAAUGGCACGUCAAAAUCUUGUAAAGAAAAUGAGCCACGGUUUAUGCAUUCAAGCUCGCCGAUUCAACCCGCUUCGCUACCACCUAAUAUAGUAGACGCUUCACCAGCUGGACUUUCGUUGUCUGCAUCUUUGUCAGUGCCACCGAAUUCCGACGCGGCUGCCGUAUCGCCAGCCAUGUUGGGUAGUUCGGCUGAGCUAGAGACGUCGUCAGCACCUGUGGUUAUCGACCAUGAUACCCUGCGUCGUGCUUUUGUUUACGUCAAAAUUCCUGGCACUAACCUCAUGCGUGCUCCACUUGAUGACUAUUUGUCUGCACUUUGCUUCAUCAAAAAGUUGACCUUAGCAUUCGAAGCUCACAAGCGCAAUCAGUCCGCUGGUCGUUUCCCGUUCAGUGAAAUGAGAUGCGGCUUGGAUUUUGUUCGUAUCUCGAUCCCUGUGGCGGUCCCACCUCAAACUCAGCGUACUGACGCGUCAGCUCCUCAGACGCCGCAGCAAAUUGGUGGCAUCGUCUCUUUCAACUUCCAUUUGGAUUCGAACACUUUGACUUUGAAGUUGAAUGUCGAAUACAGUAGAAAUGCCCCUCCACCGAACGAUAUUGCAACCUUGGAGCGAUAUUUUGAGUUAGUGGUCUGUCGUCUUAACAAUGAGUUGGCCGUGUUUUCGUUCAUCAAUCUUUGUCGUAUGGUAGCCAAUGGCGCGGUAUCCGGAAUCGCUCACGUAAUGAAUGCUCAAAUGGACCCUUCACCAUCGACCUACUGGAAUGUGUCCAUUCAACUGGUUUGUCUCGCAAGAGAUCAAGCCAAUGCUAGUGCUCGUCGUUACCAGUUUGGGACCGUGUUCGAUGCGAAUAACGUCAAUGCUUUGCUAUUGAUAUGUUUCCGUCCGAGUCGUGCCACGUCACCACGUAGUAAUGAGAAACAUUUGCUCCGGAUUGUUUACAAUAUGCAAACGAAUACUGUCAAACAGCACGGCAGUGAGGACGAGGCGCUGUCGUCGAUUCUGUCUGCUUGUUCACAGGAGGCGGCAAGGACCGGCGAGUGUCCGUUGUGGCCGGCGAUCCGCCAGUGUCUGGACAAAGUAUCGUCGGCCAAUGUUGCUGGAAUGCCUGCAUCAGUCGGUUAUAUGCCAGGCUCAGUGGGCGGUCCGGUGUCAGUGGGACCGGUGGGUUCCGUUGGCAUGGGACACAAUCCUGGUUCGAUAGCCAAUCCAGGAUCCAAUACGUAG